AUGGCGUCGCGGCUUGCCCGUGUAGCGGCGCUUCAAAAACAGCUGGAGGCCCGUGCCCUGCGGCGCUUCGCACGCCGCUUCGCCGCGGCGGCUGAAAGGUCCAAGACCCCAGCGCCACCCAGGUGGCCCUUUCUGCGAUCCAAGAGACUGACGUCGGAGCUGAGUAAAUUCUUCGACGCCGAUGGACCGGAUGGACCUCGCGAGCUCUGGGUCGCCGGGGGUCGAGGUUCGGGUGCUUCCACAGCCAUCCAAGCGGCCGUCGGGUCCUCGAAGCAGACGAUUUUCGUGGACGCGGAGAAGGGCGAAGAUGUGAUGCAGGACACCCUUCGCCGGCGUUUGGCGGAGAUCUUGACCAACCGAAAAGAGGUGGCGGUCGAAACAAUGCUGGCAGCAGUGUUGGAAGAUUUUCCCAAGGCGUCUCGUGGCUUGGUCGCCAGCCUGGAAGCCGUGGCUGGACGUUUGGGGUUGCCUACAGCCUUGCCCAGCGGCGUGGAGGUGCCUGCUUGCCGUGAGUUGUUGGAGAAACAUCGGCAGGAUCCUUUGAGGUUGGCUGUAAGCAGCUGCCAGAUGUUGGCGCAGCUUCCGCGGCUCCAACUGUCGCCCCCCAGUGCAGUGCACGUGGCGUUGGCUUUGCUGUCAGACGCUGGUCGUCGAGAAGGAGGUGCCAGCAGCGCUGUGGACUUCCUGUUCUCAGCGGCCCGUGGCUGCCAGACAGACCUUCCAGUGGUCCUGUUGCGUGCGCAUGCUGCACGGGAAGGCUUGGUGGAAUCCAUUCGCAAAACCGGAGGCGGGCUACGAGUCUUGAUCCAGAGCUAUGAUGCCUUCGCCUCGGUGCGGGCUGCUGAGUCUGGCGUGCCAGUGCUCACAUCGGAUGAAUGGUCGCAGGACAUGGCGCGGGCCAUUUUUCUGCCACGCUUCAUUCCAGAGCAGGAGGCACAGGAUUGGCCCGCGGUCUGGGAAGCGGUCGGGGGUCAUCCCGCCCACCUGCGACAGCUGUCGGAGCUGAUCGUGGAGGAAAGGAAGGUCAUUGAGGCUGAAAGAUUGCAGGAGGAGAAAGAGGAAGAACAAGCCGAGAGGCACCGGCAGAAACUCCGUCCUGGCAGGAAUCCGGACGCCGAAGAGUACUUGGAAAUCGCCAAACAGCAAAGUCGGGAUGAUAGUUUUCGUGCCGACGCAAGGCAACCUGAGGGUGCGGUGGAGCUGGUCUUGCGUCGUUUGCCGGAACUCAUGAAAGAGGAGAUUGAUGCCGUGGAACGUCAGUUGCAGCGCUUUGCGGUGCAUCCCAGCUUGCCAGGCCUCCUUCCCAGCGGCAGCGGUAAGCGUGUGGCCGCGCUGAACCUGAAGCUGAAAGAAUUGGCGGAAGGAGUUGCGGUUGAAGGUGGUUUCCAAGAUGUAGAUCCCUUGGCCUUGGCCUUGCUGGAGACAAACCUUUUGGUGCCCAAGUGGCAUCCGCGCAGACGCUUAGUGACGCCCAACCAGCUCACACGCUCCUUACUGGCCUCUCGGUUGUUCUGUGGCGAAACAGGUUGCAUGGGCGGAUGCUCUCUGCGACUCUUGGAGAUUGUGAAUGUUUUCAGCGAGCAGCUGGAGAAGAAGGGCUUACAGUUAGUGAGGCGCAUCGUCUCCGACUCCGUGGACGCUGAAGAGUUGCCAUCCAGUGGCCUGGCUUUUCCGAAGACCGACCGAAGAUCACAGGUAGUGAGAGGAUUGGUUUUCUGUCGCUCAUUGACCAGCUUGCCCGAUACCCAGUGGAACAGCGGCGUUUUCAGUGAUGUCGUAGGCUUAAAUGCUGUGCUGGGAGAGAGUGGUGAUAAGAAAGAGGAUGACAAGUCAGUCGACAAGGAGCGACUCUUCGAUGCAAUCUCCAAAGGAUUUGAGAUGACGCAGCAAUGUGUCCCCACAAUCAAGGAACAUUCUGCUGCCACCAAGUCACGCCAAGAAGACUUGAAACAGAUCGUUCCUGAAAUCAAUGCCAAAACCUGGUUGGUGGUUUGGAACAUGUUUAUUUUUCCAUAUAUUGCUAAUAAUAACCCCAAAUGA